UUUUCUUGAUUUUCGCUACGAUGUAAGGCUACCAGGCGAGUUUUGUCCUUCUUUUUGCAUUGGUAUGCAGUGUCAGACAGACAAAACGUCCAGCGAGGCUGUUUGCUAAUGUUACAGUAUUUGCUUUGAGCUAUGCAAGCAUAGGACGUCAAUUGUUUUCUGCUGCGGACAAACUCAGACUGGGGACAGUCAGCUGAAUAUCCUCUCCCAUCCCCCUUACCCCCUCUGUCAGAGCAUGGCUCAGGAGACCAAUCAGACGCAGGUGCCAAUGCUUUGCACUAUGGGAUGCGGUUUCUAUGGUAACCCCCGCACCAACGGCAUGUGCUCGGUCUGCUACAAGGAACACCUGCAGAGACAACAGGGAGGGGGGCGAUCCAGCCCCCCGGGAGAGAAAGCUGCUACAUCACCAGCAGGAUCACCAGGGUCAGCUGGUGUGACUGUGGAGAGCACAACCUCAGAGCCCAGUACAGAGGUGGCGGGAACCCCACCCGAGGAACAAACAACCAGUCCUAGUUCUCCCAGCCCAGUAACUCAACAGAUGACCGCUAUGAGCAUCUCCCAGGAUUCAGGAGCUGUAGACUCUGAUCGAGCGGAGGCUGAGGAGGGAGAAGAGGAGGGUACUUCCAACAGCUCAGAACCAGUGGGCGAAGCAGCACAGGCUUCAUCAUCUGAUGGUGACCAAACCCCUGAUAAAAACAAGAAAAAGAACCGCUGCUUUUCUUGCCGGAAGAAAGUUGGCCUUACUGGUUUUGACUGUCGCUGCGGCAACCUGUUCUGUGCCAUUCACCGUUAUUCUGACAAACACGACUGUCCCUAUGAUUACCGGAGUGCAGCUGCUGCCCGCAUACGCAAGGAAAAUCCCAUCGUGGUUGCUGAGAAAAUUCAGAAGUUAUGAGGACUGAGUGCAAAAAAAAAGUCUCUCUGACUUUGUGAAUUUGAACAAUGGCGAGUUGGAUGAAAACACCUGAUAUCAUGGCUUCAUUUGUUCAUGGUAGUCUAAGACGGGCGGGGUGGGGUGGUGAGAUCGCAGCCACUGUCCAGACGCUUCCCUUACUAGCAUCUCCCUCUCUCUCCAAUAGUGACUGCGGCUGAAUCUGAGUGUUUCUGUGUGCGUGUGCGUGUGCAUGUGUGCAUAUGUUUGUAUGAAAGCGCGUGUGUGCACAUUUGCUUGAGAGUCGGGGAGAGAGCUGUAGGGGCUUGGUGGACAUCAGUGCUGCUGUGGGGAGGGAAGGCAUUUUGAUUUUACCCCUUUUUGUUUCUCAACUUGGGGCGAUCGUGUGGGUUUAUUUUUAUACAAUCCCUGUUAGGUAGUUGAUAUGACACAGGGGUGAGCUGUUAAGGAAUGUGUCACAGCCCGGAUAACGACACAGAGGUCAAUUAAGAGGGUCCAGUGUUUAAAAAAAAAAACCUCACUGCAAGAUUUCAUGUAUCAGCAAGACCUUUUAAGGGCUUUGGAAUAUAAAUUUUUCUCCCAGACUGAAAUGAUGUCAACUUCUUGUCAGAUUGGCAUUUUUUUCCCUCUUCCUCCAACCUUUAUUCUAUGGGUCAUCACAUGUUGAACUCUCAAGUCUCAGCAUUUUCAAGAAAUGUUUCUCUUUGAUAUAUUGACUUAUCAUACUGAUAUUGGGUGCAUGAACAAUUAUUGGAGGGGGAAGGUAGGGGAGGGCAUGGAUAGGGGAGACUGAGAACCUUGACUUAACUGAGUGAUUGAAUUCUGUGUUUUGUUUUUAUUUUUUUUUCUUUCUGUUUUAAUGAGCGUAUGACAUCAGAAGAUCUAUAUUAAUAUAUUGUAGUUAGCUUGAAUUGUGUGAUUGCAUUCUAUUUAUUUUUUAUUGUUUGGUUGGUCUGUGCUGGAGGAUUGGCAGCAUGUGUCAGCAAAUCAUUAAGAUUUGCACUUAACCUUUUCAAUUAUAUUUAAGUAAUUCCAUCUUGAUUAUAUAACCAUUGAAGAAAAAAAUACACAAGCUCUGACAUGAUGGAGUAGAGUCCAGUUAAGCCGUUACAAUUAAGAUUGUGCAGUAAAUUGUCCAUUAUUUUGGAUUUAGAAACAAAGCACAAUGAAGUGUGUCAACUGCAGAGCACAAGAUAAUGUGCCACACCUACUCAGUUUUGUUCAGCAUCUGGGUCAUUUGCAGUUUAUAUUUGAUCCUGUACAGCAGGCUCGCUGAGGAAAUUGCCUUCUUGCUCGAUUGAGGCGGUGCGUCCUCCUUGAAUGCCCUUUUCUGUUCAAUGGAGCCAAGAGUGAAGCUCCAUGUUUCUCUAACCACCAGCAGACCACUGACACAUGCUGAAUGAAAACUGACCUGGGUCGCAGUUACUCUACACAUUGACACACCUGCUCAGCUAACGUAAAGAUUGUCGCAAUGCUAUGGAGUUGCGUGCUGUGCUUUUACGAUGUGCUCAGAUUCAGACGAGUCCUUACUACGAAGAUCGCUUCUAGCUAGCUUCUUCUAGGAAGAUCAAUCUUACAUGCAUGUGUGCAGAUGAACAUAGAGGUUACUGUUUGGUAACUUACUGCACAGUUUGAAAUGAAGCUGGAAUGUUUAAAAAGCCACACAGCAUUAGCACAAUGCAUGGCUGGACCCUUGAGGUUCAAGUUAACAGGACUCUACAGUGUUUUUUCCAAAUGUAAAUACCAUAUGGCUCCUAUUCAUAUAGUAUAAUCUUAUUGUAGACUUUUGCCAGGUAAUAAAGGUGGGGGACUAAGGUGAAGAAUAGUACUAUGUGUAUAAAAGUGCUUUUCAUAAUUAUCCAAAAAAAAUUCUGUGCCGCAAAUGGCACAGAUUGUUUUCCCCAUCUUGUUUCCCCCUUUUUUCAGUUUUUUACAUCUGCCCAUGUCAUGUCGAGAAUAUGUUCAUUAACUGGCUGUACCAUGAGUAUCUCCUACGGGCCAUGUGGCUUUGUUUUUUAUAAUACCUGUCCGAUUGUUAACGAGCCCCUGUAAGCUUCAUUAACCUUGCAGAAUUACACAGUAUUCCAAUCCCUGCUUUUAUCCUAUUACUGAAGUCUAUUCAUAGCAUAGUCAUUAUUAUUGAAAAUUAUAAAGGCCUCUUGUGAGAUGUAGAGGGGCAAUGAAGGUUUCAUCUUUUCAUCAUCAAAUGCUUUCCUUGUAAAUGUUGCUUGAUCUCGAUCAUCAAAUAUUUAUGAAAGCUGCAGAAAAGUUGCAAGGAAUUUGCAGAGGAUGCAUUUUCUAAAGAAGCCAAUGAAUGACUGUUUUCCUUGUAUAGGCAGAAUAUCAUGUGGGACCUAGUUGAGUUUGGUUUGGAAAAUUGGCCACCAGAAUUCAUGUAAAAGUUUUAGUGUUGAUGAUGGACGUGGCUAAACGACUUAAUGAUUUAGCAUGCCAACAUUGGGACUGUUGGUCAUCUAAAACUCUGGACUGUGAUUUAAUUUCUCCCUCCCAUCUCACCACUACUGGCAAAUUAAAAUUCAGAAGGAGUUUAUGGGGAAUUCUCGAGUGAUAAUUAUGUACAAGGAUAAUAAUUGUCAUAUUUAGGGGAACUUGUGGUCAGAGCAGCUCUGCAGUUUUGUGUAUCUUAUAUAUUCAGAAUAUUCAGACUUGCCUGCUCGGGUUGAUGACCAUUACAGAACAUUGUUGCCUACAGAACACUCAGUUUUCCUUUUCAGAUCAGUAAUCCUUUCAGAAAAAGGUUCUUUACUCGGGAUGAUUGUUCAGCUAUGUAAAUCAUGUGGAUUUCAUGGUUUACACUUGGCAUUUUCUAUUGACUGCUCAUAUCACACCCCUUUUUUUCUUAAUAAACAUGAGCAGUUUGAAUGUAAACCACCAUGAUUCACACAACAAGCUGUAAUGUCACUUAUCAAACUACGCGGCCCUAAUAUUGAUUAUGUCAGAGGAUGGAGGCCCAAUUUUCUUACAUGUGAUUUGGGACAGUUGGAUAACAAAAAUUGCUUUGACUGUUUGUGAUGAAGGACUUGGCACCAGCAUUUAGGGCAACCAUACCUACGUAAUCUAGAUAUUAUCAAUACAUAUAUGUUUAUCUUCCUUCUGUUCUGUUGCUUUGAUAUAAUUUUGAUGUCUUCAAUCCCAUCUUUAGCACAACCUUUCAUAAUCAGUAUCUUCAUCAUGCAAGGGUUUUGAUUGAUAAUAAUGAUAAACCUAUGAUGAGUCUGUUAACUGCAGAAGUAAAGACAGAAGAGGAUAAUUCAUUUUGUCUUUCGAGACGAGCUUGAGGGGCAUGGAAUGAAAUCUACAAUGUGCACAGAGCUGUAGUUCUUGUCCCUUGGCACUCCAGUCCCCCAGAAACACCACCAGAUAUCUUUUUAUUUUGUUUUUCUUUUAAAGAUUUAGGAUUGUAUGAUGUGUAAGAGUAAGUAUAAAACAAUAAAAUCACAAAGUUUAUUUUAAA